UUUCAUUCAUUCAUAAAGCAACCGCGCGCGCGAACGUUUGUGCGUUGAUCGUCGCUACGUUUCUCUAAAUGCCGGCGCGGCAUUUCAGUCGUUCCCCCCACACAUACACAAACACAGGUGCGAAGUGAAGUGCGUUCUUUAUAUUUUUGUGUGUACGGUAAGGCUUUCUUUUUCCUACUUGCCAGAUUAAUUUGUAAUAGUGCGUGCAGUGCAGAGUGUAGUUUUUGUAUGUAGUUCAUACGACUUGUGACGAUCAAAUCAAAGCUGCCAGCUCACAGUCGUUAGUGCCAAGUGGCAAGUGUCGGUUUUGAUGUUCGUAGUGUGACAUUUAUUUCGGGUGGCAUCAACACAAACAGCAAACGCAUCGAACGGUCGAAGCGCAUCUUCCAGGGGGAUUUUCCGAAAAAACUUCGGUACCCCACAGCACCAACAUCGCCAUGGGCUUUUCGUCCGCACUGCAGGGUCGGGCGGCGCACGAUGCGCUGCUCAACCGGCAGGAGGCCGAACUGAAGCUGCUCGAAAUUAUGAAGCGCUGCCUGGUGCAGAAGGCGAAGUGUGAUCGCGAGUAUUCCGUCUCGCUAGCAGCCGUCACUCAACAAGGACUCAAAAUCGAUCGUUCCGAUGAUCUGCAAGGAAGUCACAUAAUGCGAGCAUGGCGAAGCUUUAUGGAAGAGUUGGAGCAUACGGCCAAACAGAUUCGCACCAACGCGGAACAGCUGGAAACGGUCUGUCACGAGAAGCUGGCCAGCUUGUACCAGGAAAAACGGCGCGUCCGAAAGCAGUACCAAGAGGAACACACCAAAAUAGCCACCCAGUUCAGCCAUCUCACAGAAGACGUCGCACGAAAGAAAAGCGAGUACCAGAAGCAUUUAGAUUACUACAAACUGCUGCGGGGUCGGUUUGAGGAACACAUCAAAUCCGGUCGGUCCGGACGGAAGCUGGACGAUGUCAUCGACAAGUACCAGAAGGCGUGCCGGAAGCUGCACCAAGCACAUAACGAGUACGUCCUGCUCAUCACCGAGGCGGUCGAGGUGGAAAAGGACUUUCGGACGAUACUGCUACCCGGCCUGCUCGAGCACCAGCAAUCCCUUCAGGAAGGUUUCAUUCAAGCGUGGAGCAACCUGCUACAGGAGAUUGCCAAGCUGAGUGACAUGACGUCGGAAAAGUUCGUCGAUAUACAGCAGCGCAUAGAGUCGAGCAUAGCGGGAAUAAACUCCACGGAGGAGUAUCGUGAAUUUACGGAGAAGCACAAAACCUCACCGACCGCACCGGUCAUUUUCCAGUUCGACGAAAGCCUCGUCGAGGAUAGCCUGGGUAAGCUGCAGGCUAACACGCUAACCGUAGACAACCUUACCGUGGAUUGGCUGCGGGGCCGACAAACCGAACUCGAGGGUACGAUCAAAGAUCUGCAGGAUCGGCAAAACAAACUGUGCGGUGAUACGAAUGGUGCGAAUGGUGCUGCCGGUAGUAGUCCGGCGGUCAGUCCAGUAAGUACACCCGGUACGAAACCAUCCACACCCAUACUGAACGGUUCCAAUAGCAAUGGUGUGCUGGGCAAAGACCAAACUGGUAACAAAUCUUCCAAGGAGCUAAAUACACUGCGCUGUCAAGAACGACAAACGCUCAAGCUGGUUGAUAUGAUCCGAUCGGCGCUAAAUGAAGUUGGCUGUGAGGAGUUGCCGUCCGGUUGUGAUGACCUAUCCGUGGAACAUCUAAUCGAGAACAAAAAGUCUGUCAGUCAGGAUCUUUCGGUGGACUCGCUCCAGCAUACCUCCACCGCUUUGGGUCUCUUCUCCUUGCGCACUGGUGGUGGUGGUGGCAGCGGCGGUGGUGGUGUGAUGUCGAUGCUAAUGGAUCAACUAAGGCGCAAAUCAGGCCCGCCAACCAUUUCAGGAUCAAGCUCCGCCGGUAAGACACCACGGUCUGGGGUCACACCAGCGCAGACACCAAAACCAGGACACCGUGGAACAACGGCAACGGUAACUAGCGCUGACAGUGAUCCUUCGUGUACGACUGUUGCGUGUGAUCGUGUGCAAAUUGCUUCCGGGGGUGAUCUUUCACGGCCCGCUUCUAACCCUUCCCGGUCGGAUGAAACCACCGAUGUUGACACGUACGCGGAACUCCUUCCCAACGGAAACGAUUCCGACCAUCGACUGUCGAACGUUUACGUGGACAUGGAGGCGUGUCUGUUGCAAGCGCUCGAUGUGGAACAGUCGUUUGAGUAUACUAACAUAAGUAGCUGCUGUCGUAAGCAACCGCUGCUCGCAUCCGCAGUGGAGAAUAGCUUUGGCGAAACUGACCUACCUAACCCAACUAACACGGAUCAUCAUCGCAAUGUGCCGCAGUACAGACGUUUGUGCACGCAGGCUAGCAGUGAGGACAGUGAAAUGCAUUUGCUUAGCCAACGGUACCAUAACCGAGCGCCGGAUGAGCACUAUGAGGACGAUGAAGGUGACAGUGGUACUACGGCGGACGACUUGAAUGAUUCCAAAAACAAUCUACUUCGGGAAGAAAGUUUCGACGACAACCAAAGGCCGGAAGCGUCACUAUUUGAUGGAAUUGUCGAUUGUUCGUGGGCGCAAGGUUCUACAGAAGAAAUGGAAGCUGAUGCAAAGUAUCUUACGAUGAGAAAGGAAGGAUCGGUACCCACCCUUGAAGCAAGUCCGACGCAAACGGUUGAAGAUCAGUGGAAGUCGUCGAUCGAACGGCAUCUAGACAAUAUCGAUGCCCUUAAUCAGAAGCUGGACGAACACCAGCGUUUAGCUGCACGUCUUUCCGAGGAAUACGAGUACAUUCGCGUUCAAACGCUACGCCCUGGGGCAUCAGUACAGCAACAUAACCAACCAAAUCCAAUAAAACCGCCGAUGACGUUCGAGAAGAUGAACAGCUUUCGGGAGAAGAUAAAACGUCGAAUUAAGGGUUCGAAAGCGGAAACUGAUAAAGCGGACCGAUCCGUGUCUCCCGAUACACCUGACCAAGGGGAAAGUUUCUCCGGUCGGUUGAGAAACCGUAUCACCGCUCACCACACUCAACGACAGUUUCGUCUCAUGAAGGACACCGACUCAGCAAGUCCAUCCACCGAUCGGUCGCUGGCUGAGCGUGUUCCGAGUGGUGCUUCUGCUAACGGUCGCAAAAAGAAGAAACGCAAAGCUUCGAAAGCGAACCGUACCGCACACCAACAACGGCAGCAGAGCCGGACUGGUGGUGAUGCACAGCAACGUCAGCAAUCGUGCCAUCCUCAGCAAUCCGAAGAUGAACUUCUGGCCGAAGAACAUUUAGGACUUUCGCCCGAACAUAGUUGCCCAAAGGCUGGCGGAACUUCUUUUUCGCAAACUGUCCGAGCAACGUGGCGCGAACUUAUUCAUUCCACCAACAAGGUUAAGGACUCUUCCUUGAAUCUUACUCUCCGAUCGGAUCGACCCGAAGAAAAGCUUGAUCUGAUAGCGGAUCAAGAUAAGCAAGGAUUGCUUUCGAUCAGAUUCACAUUUUCCGACGCUGAACGAAAGCAAGAGAUAGUCGAUGGAGCAACCGAUUUGAACACCACCGGUGACUACUGUGUUCCGUUGCUGGUAUCCCGAAACGAGGACAAUAAGAUGCAUGAUGCUGCUCCGGAAACAUCCCAUCCAGAGCCACCGUCUACAACACAACGGGGAAACAAAGCGGGUCCUAGUUUGAAGAGUAACCUCCGAGACAAACUGACGAAGCUGGUGCACAAAAAAAGUGCCAGCACUUCAUCUAUGUCGGCAAGCCGAUGGACCACGCCGGAAGUAUGUCGCACAUGCUCCAAAAGGAUUGUGCCGCGUUCGAGUGAUGGUGCCGGAAUACAUCCAAGUCGUACGGUGUUGGAUUUUAGGAAAGAAUUUCCCGAUCUUGACAUCUGCGAAGGUGACCAUGGUAGUUGUGCUGGAGAUGGUUUCAAAGUUGAUGCCCAGCAAUGGCCACUUUCGGAGAUGAUCAAUCUAGAGUACGAAGAUAUCGAUGUGCUAACGAUCAAGCCCCAUAAAUUAAUCGAUCCCUCUGAGGGUGGCAUCAGUGUGAGUAUGACUUUAUCGACAAACCGUCCCCUACAUGAGGAAGAAUGGUUCCACGGUGUACUGCCCCGUGAGGAAGUUGUACGAUUGCUGCGCAACGAGGGCGACUUCCUGGUGCGCGAAACGACCCGCAACGAUGAAAGUCAAACCGUACUAAGUGUCUGCUGGAACGGACACAAACACUUUAUCGUGCAAACGACUGCUGAGGGUCAUUAUCGAUUCGAAGGACCGGCCUUCCCGAGCAUACAGGAACUGAUCGUGCAUCAGUAUCAAUCCGAGCUGCCAGUCACGGGACGUUCCGGUGCGGUUCUACGCAAACCAGUGUUACGCGAACGCUGGGAACUCAGCAACGACGAUGUGAUUCUGCUGGACAAGAUUGGACGUGGCAAUUUCGGCGAUGUGUACAAGGCAAAACUGAAAUCAUCGAAAAACACACUCGUAGCAGUUAAAACCUGCCGCAUGACGCUGCCCGAGGAGCAAAAGCGUAAAUUUUUGCAGGAAGGACGCAUCCUAAAGCAGUACGAUCAUCCGAAUAUCGUCAAGCUGAUCGGCAUCUGUGUGCAGAAACAACCGAUCAUGAUCGUAAUGGAACUGGUGGCGGGUGGUUCGUUGCUAAUGUUUCUACGCAAAAAUGCAACCACACUUGGUCAGCGGCAGAUGAUGGGCAUGUGUCGGGAUGCGGCGGCCGGUAUGCGCUACCUGGAAUCGAAGAACUGCAUCCAUCGGGAUCUUGCCGCGCGGAAUUGUUUGAUCGGAAAUGAAAACAUUGUAAAAAUCUCCGACUUUGGAAUGUCCCGCGAGGAGGAAGAGUACAUAGUUUCCGGAGGCAUGAAACAGAUCCCAAUCAAAUGGACCGCACCGGAAGCACUAAACUUCGGCAAAUACACUUCCCUUUGCGACGUCUGGUCGUACGGUAUACUGGUGUGGGAAAUUUUCAGCAGAGGCGAUACGCCGUAUUCGGGCAUGAGCAACUCGAUGGCACGUGAGCGAAUAGAUGAAGGCUAUCGUAUGCCAACUCCAGAAGGUGCUCCACCGGAGAUGUAUCGACUCAUGCUCAAGUGUUGGUCAUACGAACCGGAAAGCCGACCACACUUUGACGAAAUUUGCAGCGUAGUUGACGCACUGCUGCUCUGCACCAAGGACUGACGACUGGCGGACACCGGUAUGAGCAUAUCGAAAGCGAAGGAUGUCAUCGCAGGAUGGCCAGCUGCCCGAGGGCUGUGGAGUGAAGGGUUAACAAUGUUGCAGCGAUUGCUUAAUGCUUCCAAUGGAGUUUAGUGUCUUGAAUCUCUUGAGCAUGAUAUUAUUAUUGCUUCGUGCGGAAAGGAAAGGACUAAUUCUGCUCACUCCACGAAUGCUUCGAUAGACUAUCGACCAUUUUGUUUCCAACCCGCCUAAUGCUCCUCCAGCUGAAGCUUACGGUUUUUGUUCAGCUUUACAUUACUUUAUGACAUCGUGCGCGUAGCACUGGAAUGCAGGAAUUCCGUUGCUUACACAUACAUUUUAAGAACAAGGUGCUUUCUGUAAGGGAAACGAGUUAGAAGAAUACGGCCAACAUAGAUUGAAGAUUGUAGCAAAUUAGAUAGCGAGAGCAUAACAACAAGAUGACAGACAACAAAUAGAGGAAACGGGGACGAUUAGGUAGGUUAGUCGCUGGCAGCAACUUUUUUUGUACAGGCUCUUUGAAAGGAGAAAAAGUUGGACAGACGAUAGAUGUACGGUUAGUUGAGUUGAGUUUAUGAAAGUAACUAACAACGACACUAACACAGCAACAUAAAUAGGGUAAGGUGUUUAGAAAAUGUGUGGGAAAUCUGGUAUGAAAGCAACGUGUAGGAGAUGGUGGGAAAUUCGUAUUUUAAUCGAAUGUACAUGUAUGAAACUGUGGUCAAAAUUUAGGCAAGGUAAGUAUAUAUAGGUAUGUGUGUGGUUUGAAUGCGUACAUGCUGAGGUGUGAACGAUCGUAUGAAUGCAGGGGAAGGACUUUUUGUGGUACAACAUGGUAUGGAAUGUGAGAAAUGUGAGCAAUGCUUGCGACGAUGUGUGAUAGUUGUUUAGAGAAAAACGAGAUGGUUUAUAGAGCAAAAGUAAGCGUACCGAGAAAAGAGAAAAGUGUUAGACCAACAAAAUGCGUUACUCGUUGGGCAAAAGCAAAACAGCAACAAAAACAUCUUUGGCCUGAAAAGAUGGAAGGCGGCACAACCCGCGCAGAGACGAACAGAGAGUGAGUGUUCCAAAGUGCUUGUAUUUAUUGACAGUAUCCAUCAUUAAAUGUUUCAUGGCAAUAGUGUAAUACUAAACACCGCACAAAACAUAUUAGCUUAAGCAUUAUAAGCGCUUAUGCACAAGAUUUACGAUUAUUGAGAUUUACCUUCGCGUAGAAGAUCAUCCAACGACAUCAAAUCGAGAAAAAAAAUACUCGCAACAGCAUUUAAACAAAUGCUUCCGAUAGCAACAGCCAGAUGAUAACAAUAAUAUAGGCAAAAUAUCAGAUACGUAUAUUCGUAACUGGAACGAACGGUUUCCACUAUCCUUCUACUAUUACUCACAACAAAGCACAACAUUUAGCGUGGCGUCAUUUGGAACGCGAUCGUGACCAACAUAACAUUUACGCACACAAACUGCUGACGCUACUAUACUUGCAUAAAGACUCAUUUCAGGAAUAUGUUACAUUUAGUCGUUUCUCAACGGUAGGCCACUUCCUUUUCUCCUUUUCUCGUUAACUCAUGUGUACUCACUUACCCGGCGUGUUUGUGCCGGUUAAGCUAAAUAUCGCGAUAUUUACAUAAAUUAAACGUAUAAGUUAAACAUUA